CUUCACAGUCUUUCCCUGUAUUAUAAGUUGAAGAAAAGUAGCAAACCUUUGAUAACAACCUUUUUCUCCUCCCAGUAAAGUUAAGGAGAGUUGGGAGGCUGAUGGGCUGUGACAGCACAUGUUCUGGUCAUUCCCAUCUAUGAUCAACUUCUGGUAAUCCUUAAAAUACUCUGACAAGAUUAAAUUUACAACCUAAUGUCUAUUCAAUCUGAUUAGGCACCAUUCCGGCUUUUCUGCAGACAUAAGGUGCAACUUACUAAGUUCACAACAUCAUUGAAAAGUUAAUUUAUCUCAAUAUUUCCAAUAAAAAAAGUCAAACACAUAUCAUAUAAAGAUUCAUCGCACACAGAGUGAGAUAUUUGAAGGGUUUAUGUUGUUAAUUUUGAUGGUUAAUACUGAAUGAAAGAAUGAAAUGAAAGAAUGAAAUGACAGAAAAACAAAAAUCCAAGCUGGAUAAAAAGUUUGUUUUUGUACUGUACAAUAUAUGCCCUCAGUAUGGAGGUUGGACCACAAAGUGACAGUCCAGCCAUUUUUCUCCUUAAUCCAGGUGAGAUGUUUUCGCCUCUUUGGUUCAGUUCAGUCUUGAAGCACUGACUCCAACCAUCUAUCACACCUUGUCAAUCUCCCCCAAUCUUUUAAAUUGGCUUUGCUCACAAUCCUCUCAGGCCCGAGGUUAUCCCUGUUCCUUGCGCAUUAUUUCUAACAUUUGUCCUUCCACUAAACUUUCCAGUGGGUACCACACAGCUAGCUUCUUUCGAAAUAUCCUUUGGUGGCUUACCCUACAUGUUAAGGGUGUCAGUGACUGUGUGUCUUCCUCUUGAUAGUGUAGGCCAUAACAUGGCAAUAACAAGCAUUCUGUGUUAAAACAUGCUGGUCAUGAGUGAUACUAAUUUUAGGAGAAGCAAGUUUUUUUUUUUUUUACUUCAUUAGUUGUAAGCCAUAAUAAUCAAAAUUCACUGAGAUAAAUGCUUUAAAUAUGUUACUCUGUGUAUAAUAAAUAUGUAUAAAAUACAGUGUUGUGAAAAAAAGUAUUUGCAUCCCUCUUGCUUUGUUCUGAUUUGGAUAUUUUUGAUAACUGUUUCAGAUUUUCAAACAGAUUUUAUCAUCAGAUUAAGAUAACCAGAGGAAAUACAAAAAUUAUUUAAUUUAAAGGUAAAAAAACUAUCCAUCUAAUUUAUGGUUACCAUUAAAAUAUGUUACAAUGACAAAAAAAGGAGAAAAAAUUGUUUUCCACAGACCUGCACUGAUCAAAAAGUUUAGAAAUUUUCAUUGAUCAGCUGUACUCGCUGAUCGGCAGGUCAAACAAUGAAAAAACUGAUCUUGCUUAUUCCUAUUUGUUAAUUGCAUCAAAUGACGUAAUUUGUGGCAGUAAUUAGAUGUACUUUUAUAGAGUUUCAAAACAAUCAGAAACAGCAUUUUCCAUUGGAUUCAAAACUACUCCUCAAUCAAAUAACUUUUACGUUUUAUAGUAAUUGAAAAAAAAAAAUAAAAAAAAUACUGGAUUUGUCCAAAUCUGAACUAUCAGGUCAGACAUAAAAAAUGUUGUUUUGAACAGUUCUUACGCAUCAUUUUGUAGAGUGAUCUUUACGUCGUAAGCAUAAGUUUUCAAAAAGUAAGCCAUUUUACUUUCAAUCCUGAUGCAUUUAUUAAUCUCAAACAAAGAUUACAUAGGAGAUUUAGAAAUGCCCUAAACACCCCAGAUCGUGUGCCAGAAGCAUGUCAAGUCUCAUCAGAGGCAUUAAUGUGAAGGUGUGUUUUCUCAGCACUCAUAAAUAAGCUUAUCCAAAGUUUAAGUAGGCUAAUCUUUGCUCUCUCUCCCCCUCUCCUGUCGCUCUCUGUCUAAGAAUCAGCCCAGGCUCCUCCUCUCUAUGAUAAUUUGACAGUAGCAUCUCCACUGUGAGUCAAGCCUCCACUCAUUCUGAUUCAAUAAUGUGAUCUCCUUUUCUCUCGUCUCUUCUCCUUUUAUUUCCCUCUCUUCCCAGAGACACCCGAUGCACACUUCACCCUCGUAAACUUACUUUCCUAAAUAGUUGACCUGAACUUUUUAUUUGCGCCCCAUUUUCUUCGACAAUGACCACCAUGGCAACUCCUGCCACUCCGACUCUGCUUCCCGCUGCUCCACUCGGACACCACCCGGUACCGAGCUCCGUCUCCCCGGCCACCAACUCUCCGCCACCCGCGGCUACCUCUGCCGCGUCCUCCCCGACUCCCCCGGUGGCGCACCCGGCGCUGCUCCACCAGUUUCGGGCGGACCUCCUGCUGCCCAACGGGACCCCGCUGAAGGGCGGCGGAGCACCGCUGUCCGCCGGGGCCAAGCCCGUGUACGCCACCGCGUCGCCCGUGGAGAGCACGCCGCAGAACAACGAGUGCAAACUGGUGGAGGUGAAAGGUGCCAAGCUGGCCUCGUUCACGGUCAAAGGCACGGACCUCAUCUGCCUGCCGCAGGCUUUCGACGUGUUCCUGAAGCACCUGGUCGGCGGGCUCCACACCGUCUACACCAAGCUGAAGCGGCUGGACAUUACCCCGGUGGUGUGCAACGUGGAGCAGGUCCGGGUGCUGCGGGGGCUCGGGGCCAUCCAGCCCGGCGUCAACCGCUGCAAACUCAUCUCCAGGCAGGACUUCGAGACGCUCUUCAGCGACUGCACCAAUGCAAGCUCGAGGCCCGGACGACCGCCCAAGAGGCUGCAGAGCUCGACAGAGGGCGGGACUCACCCCCUGCUGUCCCACAGUGGUCUGAUGCACGCUGGGAUCAUGCCUCCUGCAGAUCUUUCUGCGCUGGCCAAAAAGAUCAAACUGGAGGCAAUGGCGGGUUACCACAGCAGUCAGCAACAUGGUGGACCGAACGGAGAGAACGGUGACCACAACCCUGGCCUUGUUUUGGACCAGUUGCCCUUCAUGAUGAUGUCACAUCCUCUGAUACCUGCCAGCCUGGCGCCGGCCUCCGUUUCCAUGGCGAUGGGCCAGAUGAACCGACUGAGUACGCUGGCCAGCAUGGCAAACGUGGCGCAACUCCACGCCAACCCACCUGCCAGGGCUCCCACUUCUGUCAUUAAGGAGCGAGUGCAGGACACCCCAUCCCCUUCGCCUUCACUGGAGGAACCUCAGAUGUCAUCCAAUCACAGCAGCAGCGUGUCAAGUUCACCGCUGCAUAAUGAGCGCACCACAGAAACAACACAUCAACUUAACAACGGCCUGUCGUCAGGUCACAGCGUGCUGGGGCACUCUCCUGGUACGGUGCAGGGUACCAGAGAGGCAGAUGGGACGUCAGUGGAGUACAACAAGGAGAACAAGAGAAGCCACACUGACAGGGAUAACACCUCUUCGGCUGCUCAGACGACCAGGGAGAGCGGUGAUAGACAAGUCUACCAGAAACCCCCGUCAGGCAGGGAGAGCUGUGAGAGGGUUUCUUACCCUGCAGGACACAAGCUCCCAGCAGGUCUCCACCACGCUCCCUUCAUCUUCCCGGAAGGCUUGUCCUCCAUAGAGACUCUACUCACGAACAUCCAGCAGGGUCUGCUGAGGGUUGCCAUAGAGAACGCCCGGGCACAGGAGAAGCAGGACCAGCUCGAGAGGACGGAGCUGAAGAUGGAGCUCGUCCGGGAGAGGGAGCUCAGAGAGACCUUGGAGAGACAGCUUAGCAUGGAACAGAAGAACCGAGUUCUAAUUCAGAAACGUCUAAAGAAAGAAAAACGGAGUAAGAGGAAAUUACAGGAGGCCUUAGAAGAGGAGGUCAAGCUCCGUGAUCAGGCAGAGCACACCCUGCUGCACACUGCCAGCACUCACAUAGGCCAUCAAUCACUGGCAGCGCCUGCUCACGCAGAAUCUGUGACCCAGGACGCCGACGGGAGCGGCCACGAUGACAGCAGGCUGGACGGCAAGGCAACACAAGAGGCCAGAGUUUUCAUGCAAACCACAGGGAGGUACUGAGGUUCAGGAACGAGGAGAUGGACGAAUGGAUGGACGGAUGUAUGGAUGAAACAUUGAUGAAGAUUCCUCAUUUUUGACACAUAAACUCAACAGGGAUGCUCAGUCCAGCACUGGCGUCUGAGACACAAAUCUCUGCUUCCCUACAUCUCAAGGAAGACAUCUGUCUGGUUUAAUUUAUUGCCUCUAUCAUCAAUUCAAAAAUCUAGUGGGCGGAGCUUUUUGUUCUGAUGUGUUAAACUGUGUUUCUUUUAAUCAAAGUUUUUAAAUAGUAGAUUAAAAUGACCAUAAAUUUCUUUUUUUCUGCCGGUGUUGUUUGUUUCGACACAAGUGAUGAAUAUAACUUGUAACAGAGUUGUGUACAUAUAUAUAGUCAUCAUUUUUAUGAUUGUUAUUGUUGUUAUUAUUAUUCAAAUGAAAAACAUGGCAUGUUGUACAGUCAGUAAAUGACUCGUAUUGUGUACGUUAUGCAGUAGUGCAGUUUGACAAUACAAACAAUGCAGAACCUUUUUAAUAAACCGUGUCAUUGUUUGCUUUUA